UAAGACACUGACUGUUCAAUAACUGUCAGGACAUACAUGCCGGUAAUGUGUAUAUAAUUUGAUCUAUGCUUUUUGCCCGGCAAUCUCAAUGUUUGUUAUUAUUUGAGUUAACUGUGAUUUUUAAAUCUUAUACUAAACUACUUCUAUAGUUAAGUUGACUACUAUACAGUUUUAAUGGAUUCUAGAUUUACUUGUCCCGAACCAAGUUUAGAAAAACAUUUGAAGGGUCACCGAAAGAGUAUUACAGCUCUGUCCUUUAAUCCCAAUGAGCGACAGAUAGCGAGCAGUUCUUUAGACAACACUAUUUUACUAUGGGAUCUUCAUGGAAUGCGAAGUUACAGAUUUCAAGGACAUGAUGAAGCUGUCAUGGAUAUCACUUUUUCUCCAUCUGGACAGUAUAUGGCUUCAGCAUCACGUGAUAAAACAAUUAGAGUAUGGGUUCCUACAGUGACAGGUAGCACUGGGGUAUUCAAAGCGCAUUCCCAGACUGUGCGCUCUGUUCAGUAUAGUUCUGAUGGAAAAAAGAUUUUAACAGCUUCUGAUGACAAAAUAAUAAAACUGUGGUCAAGUGAUAAAUACAAAUUUAUAAUGUCAUUUGUUGGUCAUACAAAUUGGGUGAGAAGAGCCAUUAUGUCUCAAGAUUGCACCUUAAUAGCUUCUUGUUCUGAUGAUAAAUCAAUUAAACUAUGGAAUAUUGAGACUGGAAGCUGCAUACAUACAUACAAAGACCAAAAGACUCAUGGUGUAUAUGUAGCAUGGCACCCAUCUAGUUGCUAUAUUGCUGUGGGCACCAUUAAUGGGAAUGUUAUGCUUUAUGAUGUACGGACACAUAAUUUGGUGCAGUAUUAUAGCAUACAUAACGAUUAUGUCAAUCAAGUAGCUUUUCACCCCAGUGGUAGUUUUAUUUUAACUGCAAGUAAAGAUGGAACUAUGAAGAUAUUAGACUUAUUAGAAGGACACCCAUUAUUUACAUUAAGUGCACAAUCAGGAGCUGUAAACACUGUAAUAUUUUCACCAACUGGGGAUAGUUUUGCAUCUGCUGGUGAAGAUAAAUUGGUAUACAUUUGGAAGACAAAUUUUACAGAAUUGGGCACUGAAACAAAGGAGAACAUCAAUAAUGAUAUAUCUACACCACAGUCUCAAAAUUCAAAAGUUUCUUCUAAAGGAAAAAGACAGGUUAUCAAAAAGUUAUUGUAAUUCUAUUCU